CUUGAUCCAAGAUGAUGAUGAAGAAUAAAGUUCUCAUUCUUUUCUUUUCCGCUCUUCUUUCAUCCACUUCCUAUGCUUCCAAUGUGAAUGAUUUCUGUGUGGCAGACCUUAAAGGUCCAGAUAGCCUUUCUGGCUAUCCUUGCUUGCCACCUACAACACUUACAGAUGAUAACUUUGUGUUCAAUCUUCAACCUGCAAACACCUCACAGUUCCCUACUAUCAAAGCUGGAAUUAGCACUGCAUUUGUUAAUGAAUUCCCUGCCCUCAAUGGUCUUGACAUCUCUGUAGCGCAUGUAGCUUUCGAAAAAGAUGGGUUUUUUCCAAUGCAUUCUCAUCCUGAUGCCACUGAACUAAUCAUCUUGGUGGAAGGUGAAAUCACUGCUGGAUUCGUCACCGGUAUGAAUUCGAUUGCUUAUCUGAAGACGCUGAAACCCGGAGAUCUUAUGGUUAUUCCACCAGGACAUUUGCAUUUUGUAGCAAAUUCUGGUAAUGAGAAAGCCACUGGUUUUGCCACUUUCAGUAGCUCAAACCCUACUAUCCAUUCAUUCAACAAUAUAUUUGCCAACAAUAUACCUUCUGACAUACUUGCACAAGCUACAUUUCUUGAUGUUGCCCAAGUCAAGAAUCUUAAGGCUCGUUUUGGUGGCAGCAACUAGUAUGAUUAAUUGCUAGCUUAUAAUUAAUUAUGUGCUGGCUCCAAUGGUUUUUCUUUUUUAUAAGAUGUGUUUGCUCCAAUAAUCAUCAUCAAUAAAGUUAUUUACUUGUA